AACCUGCCGCAGCUGCAGUUCGCUCGCUGGCCGUGCGCCAAACCGCGACAGGCCGCCCUGUACAAACACACAGAUAGGCGGUAUGAUACGGCCCGCACGCGGCUGGCUCUCCUGCGGUUCGUCCCCGCCACUCCCCGGUGACAACAUCCUCGGCACAACAAGUGCACCCCCGGAAUCCCAACGGAAACGACACUCGUGUUUGUGUGUUUUUCUCUGAGUGUGUUUUUCCUCCCGCGCGACAAAUACUGUCGGAAAGGCCUGUCCUGGCGGUACAGUUUCUCAUGACCUCUCCCCCACUCGGAGAGUUAGGUGAUAAGUUAAGCCCUUCGUCUUCUGCGUUCUUGUUAGCGCAGAUUUGGGGUGAAGACAUCCACGGCGCGUCUUUCAAGAGUCACUUCUUGGACGAGUGGAUGAGGAAAUUAGAACAGGCACCUGUCGCCUGUCUGGCUGCGUUCACAUGCCUCCAGUCGUGCGACAUUAUUUCCUCUAAACAUCUGCGCCUUAGCCUGGAACCCCCCGCUGUUGUUGUAUGAUUAGCCUCGCACCUCGGAGACUUCGAGUCGCAGCGGCGGGUCCUUAGCUCGGAGGGACGGAGAAAUCUCAAACUGAGCGGCGAGAGGCAAAGUUUCCGACCGAACCUGGAUUUGAUUUUCGGUCCCCCAUCGCGCUGCUCUUCCUCGCCUAGAGCGCGGAGUGUCCCGGAAUGUCACCAUGAACACCACGCGGUCUCCCUUCCUAACUCAACCUGGUGACUCCAGAGGUCGAGUGAGCGUCAGAGGGCCGGGGUUGACUACGCUUCCGCCGCUCAGGGGUGACUUUCGGUUCGACCUGCUCUCACGGCCUGCGGCGCGCAGCUAUCUAAUCUCCGGCAUGUGAAGCCACAUUUUCCCGACCACUCCACGUCCAACGCACGCCACACACGCCCGAGAUAUCGCACGGACACGACGUGAAGGGACGAGAACCAGACCUCAGAAACAGGUCCUUGUUGUACAACAGUACUGUACACUCGCACCGCACACUCCGGGAGACUCGCUCGCGCCGGGGACGACUUGGCCCGGGAGUACGUACUACCGUGAGCUAAAAAUGGUGCAUCCGUCUCAGCGCUCCACAAUGCCGGUCAGCAGCCUGGUGUAUCUGAUGUUCGUCACGGCGGGACAGAUUGUGAGUGCUGACGAACUGAGGAACUACAUGGUGAUUGCUCCCCGUGCGCUCCGCCGGGGCCUGUCGGAGCCCGUGUCGGUGCGCCUGUUCGGGGAGGCCCGAGACGCGGCCGUCAACGUGACGGUGGAGCUGCUGGCGAGCUCACGGCACCACCGGAACCUGGUCCAAUCUCUGGGCGCCGUGUCACGUAUGGUACCCAUCACUCCAACAGGCAACGCGACGACAAUGAUGUUAACUGUCGGUCCCCUGUCGCUACACCGGCACAGAAGGUGGGACUACAAGCUGCGUGUGACGGGCCGGACUGGGAAGGUACAGCUCUUCGGCGAGACACAGAGAGUCGACGUGCUGGACAAGAGUUUCUCUUCCUUCCUGGAACUGAACAAGCAGGUGUACCAGCCCGGAGAGGAAGUUUACAUCAGGGCGAUUUUUGUGGACAGGAACUUGAAGCCAGUAGAGCUGGAGCGGGUGAACAUCGUUGUGUCGGAUAUCCAUGGGUUUGAGGCAAUGUCAUGGAACAGUCUUCGGUCUCCUGAUGGUUUGAUCACGAAGUCUCUGAAACUCGCCAAAGCGGUUCUGGAGGGAGAGUGGACGGUUACUGUGUUUGUGGGCGAGGAGCAGAUUCAAGAAGCGACAUUUUAUGUUCUCACACUCGAGAGACCAAAGUUUCACGUGACGAUCAGUAUGAAGACGGGUUCUUAUCUCACAUCAUCGGACAAUUCUGUGAAGGGAACCGUCACCGCUGAAUGUCGUGAUGGCAGCCCUGUUAAAGGUCACGUGGAUCUGUAUAUGACCAUAUUUGGUAUAGGAGAGCACAGCUUUACCAGCCAGAUCGAGGGAAAACAGGACUUUGACAUCCCCCUGUCUGCUGUGGGACUAAAAUGGCUGCCACGGAAGGCGACCCUGCUGCUAGGCGCCCGGGUCACGGAGGACGUGACGUCACGCAGUGAGAACAGCAGUUACGUCAUCAUCCCCCUGUCACGUGUCCCACUGAAGCUGGCGUUUCUACCGACGAGCAAUAAAUACUUCAAGCCUGGAUUACCUGUGUAUGGACAGAUCGCCGUUGUGACGCCAGACGGAAGUCCCGCAGAACUGACUCGUGUCGUCAUUUCCGCUUUCGCUGACGGCGACCGAAUCGCCUCCAUCACCCGGAAGUCGUCACAUGGCGUCAUUUCCUACGCGUUUGACAUUCCUUUGGGAGUGGAAGAACUGCAUAUUGAGGCCACAGCCCCGAACUCGGCCCGCCCGUCCAAGUACGGUUUCGCCUUCGCGGACGACGAGCGGACAGUUUACAUGAAGCUGUGGCAUUGGAACUCACCCAGCGCAUGCGCCAUCAGGAUCGUACCACCGGACGCAAAACCUCGCGUGGACAGGGAGGCCGGGAUAGAAGUGCUGGCAUCGCACAGGCUGAGGUCACUGUUUAUGGAGAUAAUAUCACGAGGCCAAACAAUACAGUCAACCGCAUUGCCUCUCAAAUACUUGGAACAACGAGGCAACGACACGCAUGCGCACCUGCUGACCCUCAACGUGACCCAGGCCAUGGUUCCUGCCAGCUGGUUGGUUGUUUAUCACGUGCUCGAUGACGGAGAGGUCGUGUCGGACGCUUUGAUGUUGUACACCGAGGAAGUGUUUCACAACAAGGUUCAUGUCCAGGUCUCUGCGCACCCUGUACCGGGCCAGGAGGCGGGGGUUAUUGUGGAGGCGGAGCCGGGGUCGGUGGUGGGGAUGACGGUGUCGCAAACCCCCAACGGAGCCCCAAAACGGACAGUUCUGAACGGAGGAAACACCCUUUCUCCUGACAUGGUAUUUGAAGAGAUGAUGUCAUACGGCUCCAUGCCGACCGCGGACACUUGGACCGCGGGACCGUACGAUCCCAGCAUCCUUUACAGCGCCUUCCGGGCGAAAAGGCCUGGCGGUCUUCACGGAUCUACGGAUCCAUCACUUCAGGAAGUUUGGCAUGGCUAAGGACAAAGGGAAGCAGUUGCCGUUGAGGAAGAUCCAGGAGGCGAACUUCCAGGCGCUUCAGAACGAGCACUUCAUGCCGCAGGACAAGGAUUUCCUCAUGGCUGAGGCGCGAGCCCUGCAGUCCUUCAAACAUCGGACAGGAGUGGAGUGUACGGGAGAGGGUAUAUUCAAGACGACCAUCCCGGACAAGGCCGGGCGGUGGACCAUCAACGCCGUCGCCUUACAUCCGGAAAUGGGACUCGGUAUUGCUGACCCCGUGGAGUUCGUGACCCGGAAGAACUUCUCCAUCGAUCUGGACGCACCAAUCAGCGUGACCGGUGGUGAAGAGGUGGUGGUGACUGCAAGUGUGUGCAACCACGUGGACGAUCCUAUGACGGUGAUGGUGAGUUUAGCAGAGCCUGACUCUCUGACGUUCCUGUCUCCCGACCUGUUCAAAUCGUACCCACUUGACAUUCCUCCUCACGGGAAGGCCAACUACUCCUUCGUUGUCAACUUCCUUUCAACCGCCAGGGGGCGCAAGCGAGUGGAUGUUCUGGCCACGCACAAGACACACACAGAAAUGAGGUCAACUGAGAUUGACGUAGUGCCUGCUGGAAUCACUCUUGGAACAACACAGUCGGUUCUCCUUUGUCCAAGUGUUGGUAAGCCUGUCAGGAGGACCCUGGAACUGCUGCUGCAUCCGGACCGCAUGAACGAAGAGAUCACCCUCACCGCAGUUGGUUACCCGGUCGGCUCGGUUCUGAAUCACAUGGAGGAGUUCCUGAGACUACCGGGAGACCAUGGCGAGGUUCUUGCUGUCAGGCUGUUCUCCGUCUCCACCGUGCUGUCUUACCUGCUGGACACGGGGCAGGUCGACAGGCAGACCGAAGCCAGGGCUGUGGAGUUCCUGGCACAAGGCUAUCAGCAGCUGAUGCGUUACCGGCAGAUGUCAGGAGCCUUUAGUAGCAUGGCAAACAGUGCAGGAAAGGAAGAUCUCAGGCUAACGGCGUUCGUCAUCCGCACCCUGUCCGCGAUGCAGCGCUUCGUCCCGCUCGACUCCCGUGUGAUCUCCCAGGCCGCCAAGUGGCUUCUCGCGCGGCAGAUGGACGAUGGAUCCUUCUCAGAUUCUGGUAGCACCUUUAACAGGCGUCUGGAGAACCCUGCAGCAGAGCGUGUUGUCCCUACAGCCCUGGUGGUCAUGGCUUUGCUGGAGGCCAAUCUACGCGUACAGUAUGAGUCAGCGGUUUCCUCGGCCCUGGCGUACCUGAGUGGCGCAGAGCUGGACAAGCCGUACCCGGCAGCACUGACCGCCUACUGCCUCGGUCUGGCCGGACACCCGUCAUCCGUCCUGGCUCUUAAACGGCUCAACAGCCACAGCAUCAAGGAAGACGACACUGUCCACUGGGAGAGCGACAUCUCGGACCUGCCCAUUCCCGCGGGGAGGGGGUGUUCCUCCCCCGCCAGAAGCGCCGCCAACGUGGAGACCACUGCCUUCGCCAUCUUGGCUCAUGUUGUGCACCCGGAAACGGAAACGACGUCAGAGGCAGCUGUUCGCUGGUUGGCUACUCAGAUGAGUGCGUAUGGUGGCUUCAGCUCAACACAGGAUACUGCGAUAGCAUUGCAGGCCCUAGCCGCCUAUGGUCUACAGGACCGCGACUUCGUCCCGACUGACGUACGAAUCUUCGUACGAUCCACCUCUCCCUUCCACCAUCAGACCUUACAGUUCGGCGUCAGCAGUAGAGGGAGUUCGGCUAUCGUCAGCAAAGUGGUUUCUGCCGAACUACAAAUGAUCGAGGUUGAAGCCUCUGGACAGGGUUGCGCACUGUUUCAGAUGGGUGCCAAGUACCAAAUGUUGGAGUCGGACCAGGGCGCCAGGAGCCCGCUUCAGAUACACGUCACAGCCAAACUCUCGCGACGAUACCGGACCAGACGAGACUUGGAAAACGGAACAGCUGACGAAGACUCAGAAGCAGAACCAGACGGAGGAAAGUAUUCCAGUGAGGAGGACAAAAGAGACGAAAGAACGAAUGCUACACCCAAGGACGACCAACUUUUAGAUGAAGAGGAUACGAGUAGCGAGAAAAGGGAACCGGGAGAAAGUAAGAAGAACGCGAAAAACUCAAGGAGGACAAAAGACGAAGACAAACAGAAAAGACUGAGAGAAGACGUAGACACAGACGAAAUCAAACUCGCGAGAAAAAGACACAGAAAUGGGAAGAAACAAAGAUCGGGUGGCGACAAGACCGCUGCCGAUAGAUCAGAUUCUACUGAAGUCACUGGAAGUAAUGAGCUUUCAGAUAGAACUAUAAACGGCAAGCAGGUAGAUGAAAUGGAUAGAAACGCUUCUCCAAAGGAUGAUGGUGGGUCAAGAAAGGAAGGCAAGAGGAACAGAAAGAAUGGUAGUAAGGGGAGCAAGAAGGACGAGACAGAUAAAGAUAAAGAGGAGAAAAUAAAUGGUUCUGAAGAAGAUACUGAACAGGAGAGAACUAGAGUAUCAGCAAAAGACAAAGUUGCAAAAGCAUCUUCGUCAUCAAAUGAGGAAACACUCAACGAUGGUAAGAUUACUCAGCACAAGAAAAGAAAGGAAGAAAAGAUGCUGCUUAAAGCUGACAAGUUGAAAUCCUCUGCCUCUAGUGAGAGAGGUACUGAGGCCGAUGGAGACAUUAGAAUAGAUAUCGAGAAAGAGGACUCGACAGAGCUGGAGAAGGAUGGCUACUCUGAAGAGGACAUAAUCGGUUUAGAUUUCCCUCCAAUGGACUUAGAGUUGCUAGUCCCUAACUCGAACACAGACGACUUGAAGCUUGGGCAACAGAAGAAUCACGAUGAUGCCGGUACUGGUGACCUGAUGGAAAAGACAUUUGAUGGACCAGAAGGCAUUGAAAUGAGUCUGGAUUAUGGUGACCUCGGGUUUCCGUUUCCGGGUGAGGAUGCCACUGACGUCAGUGACGAUCACAUUUUGGCAGCUUUCUUGUCUAAGCUCAGCGAAGUUGGGUUGAGUGGGAGUAACAUCACCGCGAUGUUGGAAGAGGACUUCGACGUUGACUAUAGUCAUGGGUCAGCUGAGUUGGAACUGCAACCUGUUGAAACGUCGAGUGAAAACAAUCACAAAGACCACCUUGUCAUUGAGACAUGCGUUAGAUGGGACGACGGGAACUGGUCCAACCCGGUUGUUGUGGAGGUGGAGAUGUUUUCAGGAUUUUCAGCUGAUGUUAUGUCAAUACAGAAGCUUAUGGCGGACAGCUCGCUACCCAUCAUGCAUUUCAGCAUAGAGCAGAGAAGAGUCGUCUUCAUUUUAUCCCAGUGUUUCAGCCGCCUGAUGACGUCAUGACACCUGUCUGCCAGAGUGGUGCGUGUCACGUGACCCAGCCAGACCAAUACGAAGACCUGCCGCACAGCAUGACGGGUAGUAGAAGCACUAUGAACAGCCUCACCUGUUCGUACAUCACGGCACCGUGUCGACAAUUCUAUCAGACCGGAGACAGCUCGCGGUCGGACCCCGUGGUUCCCCGGGGGUACAGCAGUCAUCACCUGUCGACCCCGCACACCUUCAUCCUCCGGUCGUCAUGA